AUGUUUGGUUUUUAUGUUUCUCGAGCAAAGGAGCUCGGUCGAUCCAUGGUAUUUACGCUUUGUAGUCUGCACUUAGUUACUAGUUAUGUGUUUGACAUAACUGUGACUCAAGGUCCUAGUAUGACCCCUACGAUAGCGGAAAAUAGCUCAGUAGCGCUCUAUGCACGCCCUCAAUUGUUGCGUGUGUUGCGCGGCCGUUCAAGUCCGUUAUAUCGCAACGGUGAUGUAGUGAUUGCCAUAUCUCCUACCAAUGCAUCGCGUCGUAUUUGCAAGCGUGUUGUAUCUAGGUCAUUAGAGCGACAUGGUGACAAAACAGUGCCCCUGGGACACGUCUGGCUUGAGGGUGACAACAAAUCCAAUUCUCUGGAUAGCCGUUAUUAUGGUCCUGUAUCUACGCAUAUGAUUAUGGGAAAGGUAUUUUUGGUGUUAUCACUAAAGAACGGCGCACGUCUGGUCUGA